ACACCCAUCAACACUUAAAGAUGUGUUAUUUUCGCUGACGCUAGUUUCAAUUCACUUUACUACAGAGCAGCUUCACAUCAGCUCAUCUCUCAUUUUAUUACUGAACCAGUUUUGAAGAGUUUAUCUUUUCAUAUUUGUGGACUGAAAAGUUGAAGAUGUUUGACAGAUUUUUGUUCUGUUUGUGUUUGUGGCAUCUGGUUGGUGUGUUCGGUGCUGAUGAAGUGAAGUCAGUGAUGGAGGGGGAAUCUGUUACUCUAAACAUUACUGUUACUGAAAAAAAGGACAUUAAUAUGAUCAUGUGGAAGUCAAACAAAUCACUCAUAGCUAAAAUCAGUAGAGAGUUCAGUAAGAUCACUCUAUAUGAUGAUGAUACUGAAGAGGGAUUCAGAGGCAGACUGCAGCUGGAUCCUCAGACUGGAUCUCUGAUCAUCACAAACACCAGAACCACAGACUCUGGAGAUUAUGAAGUGACCAUCAUCAGCAGCGAGACGACCACAUACACAUUCAGAGUUACUGUCUUCGCCGCUACAACACCAGACCCACAGACUCCUCCACAAUCUCCUUCACCUCCUCCAUCACAGUCUCCUUCAGCUUCUCCUUCAACUGCUCCAUCACAUCCUCCUUCACCUCUAUUUCUGAUAGUGCUGAUCUCUGCUGCUGCUGCUGGAUCUCUGGUGAUUGUGGUUGUAAUUGUGAUGUUUUGUAUCUGCAGGAAACACAGAGAUUCAGUUCAUGAAGACGAGACUCAAGCUGCUGCAAAACUCUACAAACACACUGCACUGAUGAAGGAAUCUGACGUGACGGAGACACCAGAUCCUCAAGUUCUAGCCCCUGUCCUCAGAGCCACUGCAGAUGUGUCCAGUCCCGCUCAGCCAUGCAGUAUUGUGUCACAGACUGGACAGGCACUGCAGGACAUGAACCCAGACUCUGAAGAGACAGCAGAACUCACUGAGGACCUUAAUGUGGAGGAGCAAGAUGAAGAUGAGGGCUUCUGUGACAUCAGCGAGGAUCACACCAUUACAGAUCCAGAGGUUGUUCUGUCACCACCUCCUCCACACUGACACUGGGUUCUUCCACCCUGGUCACCAGCAGUGACACGGCUGUACUGGGUUCCACAUCCCCUUCACUGGUCCCUGACCCAACACAGUCUCCUUCAUCACCUGGACCCUCAGGGACUGCUGUCCCACCUGUUCCCUCUGAAACAUCAGUUUCAGCACUCUCCUCAGAGCCAGAGAAUGCUGGUCAGAAUGAUGAUGAAGAGACUGUAAUCGCCAAUCCUCUGUAUUUCUUUCAAAUAAUCUAGAAUAAUUCAAACAAUGAUAGCUCAACAUCUACUUCUUACUACUGCUUUAAAUCCAGAUGUAACUGUACUUGAAGCUUUCAUAAAUUAAAAUGAAACUGCCAAAACUGUAUAUGGCAUCACCACGAAGACGAACUAUAUGUUUGUACAUUAAAAUCUGGAGGGGAAGGUGGAUGGCGUCGCGUGGUGACGUAAUGACAUGUGCCAUUAAUCGAUCUGUACUAUAACAUGCAAAAACGGGAAGAUGAAUGGAAAAUUCUAAAAGUUACUAUUGCUACUAUUGCUUACCAUAUUCUAAGUAUGGCUUAUUUAGAAUAUGGUAAAUCAUUAGAUUACUGAUGUCCAUGUAAACGUAAUCAAUGAUACUGCCACUGUUACAGCAUACAGUUGAGCAGAGCACCAGUUUAAAAGCUUUUUUUAUUUUUUGUACUUUCAAAUAAUAUUUCAUCAGUACACUGCAACAAUAGAACAUGUCAAUAAGGAUAAUUUGUACAUUUUGUCAUUCUUGUCACAGAUAUAUUUAGUAUAUUAAUUACUAUUUUGCAUAUUUUUUUCAUUAGAAAUAACAGAUUUGUAAGUGUCUUGAAUGAAUGUAACCUAAAAUGCUUAAUCAGAAUAAAUAAUAUCAAUACAACAACUACUAAAUCAC